AUGGGUUCUCAGAAAGUUACAACUAUGCAUCAGAUUUUUUAUGUCUCAUCUGGCUACAAUGAAGACCUCACUGGGUGGAAUACUGCUUCUGUUCAAAACUUGCAGCAGGCUUUUGCAUACUCAGCAUUCAAUGGGGACCUUAACAACUGGAAUGUUGCGGCCGUGACCUCCAUGCUCGGUAUGUUUUCUGAUUCGGUGAGUGACUCCACUUGUGUCAUGCUGACCAAAUUUGGAAAUCUUGAAAGGCCUAACCUUGGCAACUGUGUAAUGUGCCGUCAUCAGGGGUAUAACCGUAUCAUCUCUAGCUGGGAUGUCAGCAAUGUGCAGGACAUGCAGCAGAUGUUUUAUGGCAAUACUCAGUUUGCCACUGACAUUGGCAGCUGGAAAGUCUCCAAAGUUACAAAUUUUCAAGCCAUGUUUGAAGGUGCCAGCAACUUUCAACAGAACCUCAACAACUGGGAUGUGUCAUCUGUCCAAAACUUGGGUUCUCUGUUUUCUGGGAUUGUCUACAACUUUGACCUAUCUAGUUGGAAUGUUGCCAGUGUCACGGAUAUGGCAAGUAUGUUUUUGUCUAAUAGCUUGCUCAACUCCAACUUCCAAAGUUGGGAUGUAUCCAAUGUGAAGGGGUUCGACUACAUGUUUGUUGCAUGCACAAUGUUUAAUGGGGAUAUCAGUGGAUGGGAUGUUUCCUCUGCCACUAGCAUGAUUUCAAUGUUUGAUAGUGCUGCAAGCUUCAACCAAGACUUGUGUGCUUGGGGGGCCCAUUUGGGCAGCUCUGUGUCGGCUUCUUCGAUGUUCUUUGAUGCCACAUCAUGCCCUUUCCAAACUGACCCGAACCUUUCUGCAUCCCCCAAGGGUCCUUUGUGCUAUGCUUGUUGA